CUAUUUUAGUGCUAGUCAUGACAGUUCUUCCGGCCCGUAUCAUGCGGAUUUAACAACAAUGGCCACUCAUUCGCCAGCAUCGAAGCAGUUGUUAUCACCUGAAUCUACAAAUGACCUUACUGUGAACAUGGACAUCAGUACUACAAACGAUUCAAUGGCAUCACAUAUUGAAUCAUCAUUUGUAGAUUCUGAAAUCGACGCCACAUAUGAAAACAGUUUCCAGAGCCCAUUACAAAUCCAGUCAUCAUUUAUGGAUUCUGAACUCGAUGCCACAGAUGCAAAAGGCAGCCAAGGUCAUUCAGAUGUUGAAUUUGAUUUAACUGUCGAUGAGGAUAUGACGAGACCAGAAACUCCAGUCAACAUUGAAGGGAGACGACUGGUGAAAAUGCAGUACUUUAUGGAUCAAAUUAUAGAGAUCUCCAGACACAGCAGCAAAUUCGGCUGUCAGUUAGAUUUUAUACAAAUUAUCAAAGAAAGAAAAACUGGGCUUAGGUCCACUUUUUCAUUGCGCUGCAAUAUGUGUAAUGGUGUAUUUGCACUUCACACAGACGACACUGACCCUAACACGAACGACGUUAAUCACUCCGCAGUCUCCGCCGCGAUUCUUAUGGGUUGCGGAUCAUCUAAUCUAAAAGAGUUUACUGCAUCGUUGGAUUUACCCACUGUAAAUCAAAAAAUAUAUGAUCAGUGCCACAAACACCUGCAUAGCUGGUGGAAAGAAGCGGCUGAAAAAUCUAUGACAGAUGCUGCUCUACAAGAAACACAAGAAGCCGACAGAAAAAGUCCCAGCGGGAAGCCAAUGAUAGCAGUAACAGCAGAUGCUUGUUGGGCUAAGCGCUCCUACAGAAACAAUUAUUCAUCGCUUUCGGGAGUUGGGGCUAUCAUUGGCAUAAAUUCUGGGAAAGUGCUUCAUGUUGGCAUUAAAAACAAAUACUGUGUGACGUGUGCAAGAGCUUCCUCUAAAAAUACCACUCCAUCCGUUCAUCAAUGCACUAUCAACCACAAAGGCUCCUCUACUAGCAUGGAGCAGGCGGCAAUUGUUGAGGGCUUUAAGGAGUCAGUCCAAAAACAUGGUUUGAUAUAUUCACAACUAAUAGCUGAUGGUGACGCUAGUACGUAUAAAAAUAUUGUAGAUAAUCGUCCUUACCCAGGCAUAAAUGUUGAAAAAAUCGAAUGUUCCAACCAUUUGUUGCGUAAUUAUAACGGUAAAAACAUAAAUUUUGCAAAGGAUACCUCGAUACCGUUACCACAAAGAAAACUCCUUAAAGCUGCAGAUCGUAUUAACCGUUUACGUAUAGCGAUAAAACAAGCAGUUAGAUUUCGGAUGGCACAAAAUUUAUCGUUUGCUGACCGCGUAAAAGAACUUCGCAAGGAUAUUUUAAAUAGUCCUAGUCAUGUAUUUGGUGACCAUUCUGCAUGCGACGACUAUUACUGUCCGGCAGAAAAAAAACAAGAGCACAACUAUGUUCCUCAAAUACCUGAAUUAAUGAAAAAAUUGAGAGAUAACACAACACAUUUAGCCAACUUCUCGCAAAGUCUUCUGUACAGACUAAAUAAUAAUCGCGCAGAACAGUUUAACUCCUUGGUUGCUAAAUAUGUUGGAGGAAAGCGUAUAAAUUAUGCGCUUAAAAACUCAUACACCUUAAGAUGCUAUGCAGCGGUAGUGGCAUUUAACACCGGCAUGCCCAUCUACGCGCUGCAUAAAACAGUUACAGGAAGGAGUCCUUCGAAGGCAUCAAAGCUAGUCGAGCAGAGAAAACGAGUAAACAAUAGCCGUAAAAAAGUAUGGAAGCCCAAAAGAAUAAUAGCUUCAAAGGAUAUGGCGGCCGACUAUGGCGAAGCAUGUCAAAAGCCAGAUAUGUCGCCUGAAGAAUAUGAAAGAAGAAAGGAGGAGUAUUUGGCGUCAGUAAAAGCACAGCUCAAGGAAAGAGAUGUCAUAGAACGGGAAACUAUACUGCAAUCGGAGAGUGCUCUAUGGCUUGAAAUGAGGCGGUGUAUUCUAACAGCAUCCAACUUCUCCAAAAUUUGCAAGCGACGCAAUAACAUUAGCCCAGCACCUCUCGUAAAGACCAUGUUGUACGGUUAUUCUCUCGAUCAUGUUGCGGCUGUACAACAUGGCAAAAACCAUGAAGCGAAUGCAAUCAAGCAGCUCGAAAUGGAAUUGAACAUUAAAGUGGAAAAAUGUGGUCUUCACAUUGAUCCAGAACACUAUUUUUUAGGCGCGACUCCUGAUGGACUCUACAGUGACGGUAUAAUAGAAAUAAAAUGCCCAAAAUCAGCAUUCGGGAUGGAUCCCGAGGAGGCCAUAAAAGAAAAAAAAAUAAAGAUGUGGAAGGUCGUUAAUGGUGUCAUGGUUUUAAAUAAAAACCAUGACUGGUUUUACCAGGUUCAGGGCCAAUUACAUAUAACAAAUAAAGACAGAUGUUUAUUUGGUGUAUGGACUGAUCCUAAGUAUCCUCUUAAAAUAGAAAUAAUAGAAAAGGACGACAAUUUCUGGAAGGCAAAAAUGGAAACAAGACUAAUAAAUUUUUAUGAAAAGUGCUUACUCCCAGAAAUCGUCGACCCUCGAAAAAUCAGAAGUAUGCCAUUAAGAGAUGACCCGUUUUAAUUUUAGCACAUUGAAAAAGUAAAUUAUUCAGUAAUAUCUAAUUUAAAUCACUAACGAAACAUAUUGCACAAAUAAAGCAUCUUUUUAUUUUAUUUUCAUACUUUUCUGUGCUAUUCGUACAUAGCCACCCUAGGGCAUUCAGUAUUGACAGUUUCCUUUUUUCAUUCCGCAUAUAUUUUUUUCCGCUUGUAAGUUUGUUGUAAAUAAGACUGCUUGCACUUACAUUGGCAUUAUA